GACAGAGUAAACACAUUUGUCAUAACGAUUGCAAAGCAAGAUAGAGCUUAUCGUUUAAAUAAACAACAAGCAAACCAUUAACUCUUGACUAAUAAAGCACUUAAAAGAUUUUACGGAUAACCAGUAACUAUUACAACACACAAGAUUUACAUUAGCUGUUAGAAUCGGGAUCUACCAUUUCUGAAGUAAAAAGUGUUACCUGAAACAUCAUGAAUUUCAUAAAUGAUGUUAGAGGCUUCCUGGUCCUUGCAGCGUUCAUAGGUUGUUCCCAAUCAGCUGGUCCACUCGUCAGCGAUUCUAGUUGUGGUCCCUACUCGACCAUAAACGAGGAUUUCCCUCUCUUUGGUGCUGUCUGCAGGUUCCAUGUUACGGACAUUGAUGCCAACGACCGUAUAAAAGUAAUACCUGAUGAUGAUACGACUGCACAGUACUUCAAUAUUGUUCUUGAGGGAAGUGGAAAUAAUGUCUGGGUAAAUGUAACACUUAAGAAGCCUUUGGACAGAGAAACGCUGGGAGGCAUGGUGACGAUGCAAAUUUCAAUAAUAGACACCCAACACAACCAGCUGCAUUAUGAACAUACUAUUUAUAUUAUUGACGUCAACGACGAACCACCGGAGUUUCAAAAUUUGUCUUCAUACAUGUUAGAAAUAAAUGAGUUACCAUGCAAUAAAACAGUGGUAUAUACGAACAUACAUGCAACAGACAAAGACAGCGGUGCAAAUGGUAGAAUUAGAUAUGCAAUGACGCCGAAAGUACAGUCACUAGAAGCACGGCAGAUGUACAGUCAGACAUUCUCUAUAGACCCAGUGACAGGGCAUGUAUCUUUAAACUCGUGUUUAGACUAUGAAAGAAACAGUUACUAUCAGUUCAGAGUAACGGCACAGGAUGCCGGAUCUAACAUACAAUUCACCAGUACGACUGAAUUAGUAAUUUUGGUCAAAGACGUUAUAGACGAGUCAGCAUUCAUAACUGGCUAGAGAAAUUGUUUUGGAAAAAGUAGUUUUUACAUUGUAGUUCUACUCUUUUAGAAUGUAGUAUGCAAUCGUUAGUAAAUACCUCUAGCGUCUGUAGGGAGAUAACCUGUGCAAACAACAACAAAAUCAUGUUACAUAAAACGCGGCUUGCAGACAUGAAUAACUCUAAAUCUAACUUUGACCUCAAAGACACUUCUUUGCUAGGAACAUAUUAUCAUCAAUAUCUAAAUUUUGCAGUUCGUUCCAUAAUAUACUUGACACAAUAUGUUGUUCAAUUUCUGUUCCCAUGGGAACAUGGAGUCCGUUCAUUGUUUCACUCCACUAGCAUUACAUUUAUAAUGGGACAUAAGGGAUAUUGCACAUUCUUUUACAUCCCACAAACAUUCUGUGUUUUUU